AUGGCCUCACCACCGAACUACUCCUUCGCCGGCGGCGCCCGCUCCCCACCGCACCUGCCCUCCCUCACCACCUCCUCCCUCUCCAAGAAACGCGCCGCAGACGGCGGUCCCUCACCCAACAUGAAGCGCCGCAAAGGUUCUGUUAUGUCUAUCGGCUCCGCCCACCCUCUCCGCCAAACCUCCUUUCCACCUGAUGAAGCCCCCGGCGGCAGCGGCGGCGGUGGCGGCGCGCGUUCUCCCUCAGUCGACAUAGACGCCAUGUCCUACGUCAGCGGCACGGGCCAAUCGGUCGUCAGCGCAGCCGGUGCCAGCGCCGCUCCUACCGUUCCCACCGGUCCGCCCAAGAAGAAGCGCGGCAGGAAAAGUAAAGCCGAGAAGGCGAGGGAGAUGACGCCUAAUCUUGCUGCUGGCGGUGCUGGUGGGACUUCAGGGAAGCCGGGGACGGCGCCGCCUAGUGAGGUUGGUGGUGGGUCGACUGUGGGGAGAGGUGCUAAGAGUUCUGCUGCCGCGGGUAAAGAGGGACAGGGACAAGGAGGACAGGAUGAUCAGGAUGAUGAUGAGGGCCCGACGGAGGUGGCGGCUACGGCGGAUACGUUGACCAAGGAACAGAAGGAGGAGGAGCACAGGCAGAGGGGCAUGCUGAUUAAUGCGUUUUCGGCGGAUCAAUUUGAUCGGUUUGAGAAUUGGAGGGCGGCGAAUUUGAGUAAGGCUGGUGUUAGGAGGUUGAUCAACGCAACCAUCUCCCAGUCCGUGACCGAAAACGUGGUUAUCGGCAUGCGAGCCGUAGCCAAGGUUUUCAUCGGCGACAUCAUCGAGGGCGCACGACGUGUGCAAGCAGAAUGGAUCGAAAAGACAGAGGAGAAACAGACUGAUCUGCCUAGUCCGCCGGCGACUCCUCAUCAAGCGGCUGCUUCCAACAGCAACAAUGCGGGACCAAAGCAACAGCAAACACAAUCACAAGGAGAUGGUACCCAGACAACCAAUGGCGAGAACCCAGAAGCCGGAGAUCCGGCGGCCGAGAAGAGCGACGAGAACAUGCCCGACGCUUCCCAGCAGGAGAAAGAAAAGGAGCGAGACGACCGUCGCGGUCCGCUACGUCCGGAACAUCUCCGCGAGGCUUUGCGUCGGUAUAAAAUAAGCUUCGAGGGUGGUGGUGUCGGCAUGCAGCUGAUUUGGUAUCAGCAGCAGCAGAACGGUGUCGAGAGGUUCCCUACUAGAACUGGUGGGAGGAGGAUCUUCCGUUGA